AUGAAGUUGACUGUAGAUGGUUUACUUGUUUACUUUCCUUAUGAUUACAUUUACCCAGAGCAAUAUGCGUAUAUGUUGGAAUUAAAGAGAGCUUUAGAUGCUAAAGGUCAUGGCUUGUUGGAGAUGCCUUCAGGAACUGGAAAAACUAUAUCACUGCUGUCAUUGAUUGUUGCCUACAUGAUCCAGAACCCUCAUCAUGUCAGGAAGUUAAUAUACUGUUCCCGUACAGUACCAGAGAUAGAAAAGGUAUUGGAAGAGUUGAAGAAUCUCUUCAAAUACUAUGAGAAGACUCAGGGAGAGAAGCCUAGUCUGACUGGAGCUGUACUGACAUCACGGAAGAAUCUAUGCAUACACCCAGAUGUAUCAAGGGAAAAAGAAGGCAAGUUGGUGGAUGGUAGAUGCCAUGCUCUGACUGCCAGCUACAUCAGGGAGAGACAUGAAGCUGAUAGCAGUGUAAACAUCUGUCAGUUCUACGAAGGCUUCAACCGCGAAGGUAAAGAGUCCAUGUUGCCGUACGGCGUGUACACCAUAGACGAUCUCAAACAAUAUGGCGCCGACAGGAACUGGUGCCCUUACUUUCUCUCCAGAUUUGCCAUAAUCCACGCAGAAAUCGUGGUAUACUCGUACCACUAUCUCCUGGACCCGAAGAUCGCCGAGGUGGUAUCGAAGGAGUUGAACAGGGAGGCGGUGGUUGUGUUCGACGAGGCGCACAACAUUGACACCGUGUGCAUCGACUCGCUCAGCGUCAAGCUCACGAGGCGGACCAUCGACAAGAGUAUUGUAGCUCUACAACAGUUGGAAAAGACCGUAGCACAGAUCCGCGAGGCGGACGCGGCUCGUCUGACGGUGGAGUACGAGGAGAUGGUGGAGGGGCUGCGCCAGGCCGCCCUACAGAGGGAGACCGACGCUAUACUAGGGAACCCCAUCCUGCCCGACGACAUACUCAAUGAGGUGGUCCCCGGGAACAUUCGGAAUGCUGAACAUUUCCUCAGCUUCCUGAAGCGGUUCAUAGAGUACAUCAAGACGAGGUUGAGGAUACAACAUGUCGUUCAGGAGUCGCCUGCAGGGUUCCUGAAGGACGUGGCGGCGCGCGUGUGCAUCGAGCGCAAGCCGCUGCGGUUCUGCGCCUCGCGCCUCGCCUCGCUCAUGAAGACGCUGGAGAUCCCCGACCCCUCCAACUUCGCCUCGCUCACGCUCAUCACCCACCUGGCCACGCUCGUCUCCACGUACACCAAGGGGUUCACCAUCAUUAUUGAACCGUUCGAUGAUAAGACACCGACCGUUUCAAACCCUAUACUGCAUUUUUCAUGUAUGGACUCUUCCAUAGGCAUGCGACCAGUGUUCGCUAGAUUCCAGACAGUGAUCAUAACGUCAGGUACGUUGUCGCCCCUGGAUAUGUACCCAAAAAUCUUGGACUUUAACCCAGUUAUCAUGAGUUCCUUCACCAUGACGCUCGCCAGACCUUGCAUAUUACCUAUGAUAGUAUCCAAAGGCAGUGACCAGGUGGCAAUAUCAUCUAAAUAUGAGACGAGAGAAGAUGUAGCAGUCAUAAGGAAUUAUGGACAGUUGCUCGUUGAGAUAGCCGCAUGUGUCCCGGACGGUGUGGUGUGUUUCUUCACGUCGUAUAUGUACCUGGAGAGCGUUGUGGGCGCCUGGUACGACCAAGGUGUGGUGGCGAGCUUACAACGACACAAAUUACUGUUCAUAGAGACACAGGACUCGGCAGAAACUAGUUUUGCUCUCAUCAAUUACAUUAAGGCGUGUGAGAGCGGGCGUGGCGCGGUCCUGCUGUCGGUGGCGCGGGGCAAGGUGUCGGAGGGGGUGGACUUCGACCACCACCUGGGCCGGUGCGUGCUCAUGUUCGGGAUACCCUACGUCUUCACGCAGAGCCGGAUACUCAAGGCCCGGCUCGAGUACCUCCGAGAUCAGUUCCAGAUCCGUGAGAACGAUUUCCUGACAUUCGACGCGAUGCGACACGCGGCGCAGUGCGUGGGGCGAGCUCUGCGUGGUAAAACGGACUACGGUAUAAUGAUAUUCGCGGACAAGCGGUUCAGCCGCGCGGACAAGAGGACCAAGCUGCCGCGCUGGAUUCAGGAACACCUCAAGGACUCGCUCUGUAAUCUCAGCACUGAGGAGGCCGUACAGAUCUGCAAGCGCUGGCUCCGUCAGAUGGCGCAGCCGUUCACGCGCGAGGACCAGCUCGGCGUGUCGCUGCUCACACUCGCGCAGCUGCAGUCGCAGGAACAGCAGGACAAGAUUGAGAAGCAGGUCAUACAGAAAUGA